GAGCGUGAUACUACUCGGCGCACCUUAGUGGCUCGGCUCGUGAGCGCCUAUGCCCGUUUUGACGAAGUUAAGGCUGCUGAAGUGGCUAGCCGAUAUACGGUGGGGACUGGGGAGACCAGCACAGAGUCCCAGCGGCAGCAAUGGCUAGUGCCAAAGCUUUCUGAAGCUGAUGUGGACAAGCUUGAGACAGCCUUCCUUUUCGGGGCCAAAUAUAUGCGUAGAAUCAAGGCUAGUGGAGAGGUUCAUCAGACCCCUUCAGGAGAAACUGUGCUGUCAUCUGCCACAUCAGCCCGACUCGAAAAUGCUGUUAAGCGCCGGCAGAGGAAAAAGAAACGUAAGAUUCACCUGCCCAAAGACUUCCAACCAGGUACCCUUCCCGACCCUGAACGAUGGCUACCCAAGCGAGAACGAACCUAUUACCGUGGCAAAAGACGAGAUAAACGGUCUGGGGCUCUCACAAGAGGUCCUCAGGGUCAGGCGACUGGAGCCGCUGAGCUGUGA